AACUACGAACCUCGACUACCGCGUGUGUUUAACAGCCGCUAAAUACGUUAAUUUUAACCUAAACUACGGACACACAGGACACAUUGGUAGAUGCCAACUGUUGGCCCGAAGUCUCAGUCAUAUCAUAAAGCUUUGCCCGCAUUAAAUAAACCCUUUUCUACUAUUUUAAACAAAUAUCAAAGUAAAAGCCAUUGAUAUCAAAACCGUCUCGUGUCGCAAUAAAGGUUUUUUUAGUAACAUUAUCUUCAGCCACGGAGGAUCGAACUUGAACCUCCCGAGAACAUGUCUGAAGUAGCGCCUGCACCCGCUGUUGCCGCCUCCCCGGCGAAAGCCACCAAGAAGAAGCCCGCUGCCCGGCCGAAGAGGGUCGGUCCCAGUGUGAGCGACCUGAUCGUGAAAGCCGUGGCUGCGUCCAAAGAGCGAAGCGGAGUCUCUCUGCCGGCCCUGAAGAAGACUCUUGCUGCUGACGGCUACGACGUGGAGAAGAACAACUCCCGCGUCAAGGCCGCAGUCAGAAGCUUGGUGACCAAGGGAACCCUGCUCCAGGCCAAGGGCACCGGAGCGUCCGGAUCCUUCAAGAUCAACAAGGAAGCAAACAAACCCGCCGCUGCCAAGAAGGCCGCCGCCCCUAAAGCCAAGAAGCCCGCAGCCAAGAAACCUGCCGCGGCUAAGAAGGCCGUCACCCCGAAGAAAGUCAAGAAGACUCCAACCAAGAAGGUAUCUGUUAAGAAAGCGACCCCGAAGAAGGCUAAGAAGCCCACCGCAGCCAAGAAGGUUGUGGCCAAGGUUACAAAGAAAACCGUCAAAAGCCCCAAAAAAGCUCCCAAGCCCGUUGCCAAGAAGUCUCCGGCAAAGAAGGCAGCAAAGCCCAAAGCAGCCAAGAAGGCCGCCCCCAAGAAGAAGUAAACUAUGUCCAGUUGAAUUCCCCCAAAGGCUCUUUUCAGAGCCACCCACACAA